CGCUCCUCUCUCGCUCCUUCCCCCUCGCCCGCCCGCCCGCUCCCGCUUCCCGCCGCGGCUGGCCUCCCGCUCCGCCUCUCUGUGCGCGGCUCUCCCGGGCGCGGCUCCGGGGUUCAUGGUGACGAGGCGGCGGCCGCUCGAGCCCAGCGGCGGCGGGCGGGAGCCGGGGCGCGGGCCCGGGCCGCUUCUCCCAGAGGGUGGGGCCCGGCGGCGGGCGCGCUCGGGCGGCGGCGGCGAGUGCCCCCCCGGCCCGCGGCCCCGCGCCCCCCGCGCCGCGCCCCCGCGCCCCUGGCUUGCGGGGGGCCGGGCCUGCGGGCGGCCGCCGCGCCACGCACCCAUGGACGGCCCGGCCAUCAUCACCCAGGUGACCAACCCCAAGGAGGACGAGGGCCGUGCGACAGGCGCCGCCGAGAAAGCAUCCCAGUGUAAUGUCAGCUUAAAGAAGCAGAGGAGCCGCAGCAUCCUCAGCUCCUUCUUCUGCUGCUUCCGUGAUUAUAAUGUGGAGGUCCCGCCAGCCAACAGCCCCAGUAUCCUUCCACCACUGGUGGAAGAGAAUGGUGGGCUUCAGAAGCCACCAGCUAAAUACCUCCUUCCAGAGGUGACUGUGCUUGACUAUGGAAAGAAGUGUGUGGUCAUUGAUUUAGAUGAAACAUUGGUGCACAGUUCAUUUAAGCCUAUUAGUAAUGCUGAUUUUAUUGUUCCGGUUGAAAUUGAUGGAACUAUACAUCAGGUAUAUGUGCUGAAACGGCCACAUGUGGACGAGUUUCUCCAGCGGAUGGGACAGCUCUUUGAGUGUGUGCUCUUCACAGCCAGCUUGGCCAAGUAUGCAGACCCUGUGGCUGACCUGCUAGACCGCUGGGGUGUGUUCCGGGCCCGGCUCUUCAGAGAAUCAUGUGUUUUCCAUCGUGGGAACUACGUGAAGGACCUGAGCCGCCUUGGACGGGAGCUGAGCAAAGUAAUCAUCGUCGACAACUCUCCUGCCUCGUAUAUCUUCCAUCCUGAGAAUGCAGUGCCUGUGCAGUCCUGGUUCGAUGACAUGACAGACACGGAGCUGCUGGACCUCAUCCCCUUCUUCGAGGGCCUAAGCCGUGAGGACGACGUGUACAGCAUGCUGCACAGACUCUGCAAUAGGUAGCCUCGGCCUCAGCCCGCCGCCCGCCCGUGCACCCUGGAACCUCUGGGACUGCCUGGCCUCAGUUCCCCGGAGCUGAAAGCAAAGACUCUCCAUACUCCAGGCUGUGGGGUGAAUGUGGCCAGGCCUGUUUGUUUUUUAAGAACAGAAACAACUAUUUUGAAAAGAACUCUUUUAAUGAAUUUCAUAAAGGGAUAUGCAUUUUACUGGAUUUGCUUUUCUUAAAACAUACCAAAAAAGGGAAGAAAAAAAAAAAAAGCUUGAUAUCUAUCAGACUUCCUUUCACCCAUCCUCCCCUCCAAGCUGACAACUUGUCUCCUCCUAGCCCAGCUCAGUGCAGCUGACCUAACUCAGAAUCUCUUUCCUACAGAAUGAAGUGCCUUUUUGAAUGUUAUUUUAAGCUGAGAGUUAAUUUUUCUACACAACAUAUUUCCAGACAUCUUUUAGUCUUUUAUUGUCUUAGAUGCUCUAAGAAGAUAAACACGACAAUUUUCUAGAACCCGACAGUGAAUGCUGGAGGUAGCAAGGGAGGAGAGUCCUAGGGCCCUGUCUCCCAGCAGGUGUGGCUUUGUUCCGGCAACCUGUGGCAUGCUGCAGGGCCAGGCUCCUGAUCCGUUUUUUGUGACUAUGUCAUUGUCUCUGCCCCAGUUGGGAAUGUAUCCAUAAUUGCGUGGCUUAACACUUCAGGGCACGAUAGAUUCUUUUAUGUUAUUAUUAUUAUUUCUCAUGGUGACAAAUUUGUCUUGAGGUCACCUUUUGCCCUUGAAAGUGACAUCGGAUCACUUCUGCUUUCACACUACUGCCAUACUUCUGUGUGUUUUUUUGUUGUUUUUUUGUUACUGUUACUGUUUUUGGUAGAAGAGUGACAAGAAACCCUAAAACCCUUGGAUAUUAAAAAAAAAUCUCUUUAUUGAUUUUUAAAUCUUUCCUUUCCAAAAGCUGGAUACACAUGGAGCUGUUUGGGAAUUUUCUUUGCUGCUACCGUGCUGCCACCAAAUGGAAUUGACCAGCGGCUGUUCCACUGUUCUUUGCCACUGUGCCUAUGCUCAGAAUAUGCUCACUGCUGAGCUGCAGACUUGGACAGGGUCAGAAAUGUAGGCGUCCCACCCCAUCACAGACUGGACCAGCUGGGCCUCUUCUUCCUGGCAUUCAGAAGGGUGCAAAGACAAAGGGGCCGAUGUGGUGUUAAUUUUAAACUACAGUCAACGUCCGAUCCUGUGACCAGCUGUCUGUUCUCUCUAGAGAACCUGUGGCCUCAGCCUGCCACCAAACUGAUGGGGCCCAAGUCCACCUCUUGGUCUUCUCCUAUGAAGCACAGCUUUUUUCUGAGCCAAGGGUUGGGGAAGCCUGUCCAGCUGUGGGAUUCAGAGCCCCGAGCCAGGGAGACAGAGAGACUCCUUCCCCUGAGCUGGGGCUCCCUUUGCAGCCUUUCCCAGUGAGGUGUUUUUAGCAGUGCCAUGUUCUUUAUUGGACAACAAGACAGUCUAUCAAGUAUUGCUUUUAAAAAUAAUUUAAAAGAACCCUUUCAUGUUGGCACCGUUGCCUUAGUCCCUCUGUGGGUUGAGCCUCCAUCAGAGCUGUAGCCGGCUCUGUGGCUGGAGUGACUGGCACUAACAAGACUGGAAACUUAGGGUCAAAGUAAAAUUUCUCUUUUGCUUUCAUUUAUGAAAUAAUGAAGCCAGCUGCCAAUCAUGUCCUCCCAAUAGCACUUUAGUCUGUGGACUUCCAUGCAUUCAAAAGAGAAGUAAGAAUUCAGGGAAUAACCAGGUCUCCCAGCAUCCUGAGCAAGCCAGUAAGCCAAAUGCCAAUUAAAAUAUAGACAGCCCCUUGCCAGGCAUUACCACAGAUAAUGACAGUUAUACAGCAGAUCUGCACGUGCCAUAAAACUUCAUUUGGAAAAAUAAUCAUUAGUGAACCCGCUGCCUUAAAUGUCUUGAAUGUUGCAGUCAAGUGUCUCUUGUGUGUUCAAUCCACAUAGAAAUAGGCCCUGAUGAGAGCCUUUGACCUUCACCCCUGCCCCCUUCUUUGUUGGCAUCCCAGGGUAUUAUUUGGAAUAGGGGUCUGAGGGGAUUGAAAUUCUAGAAUAUUUCAGGGGAAAGAAACCUAGUGAUAGUACACCACUCUGGGCAAAUGGAGUGAAGACGCUUGACAGGCUGGAGCCAGACACUUCACCUAGUGUUUUCUGAAACCGUGGGCACCAUUGCACUAAUCCAGUGUGGAGCUGCUGGGGAUGGGGCUCGGUUCCUGCCACCGCGAAACAGAAUGUCUUGGGAGGGCCAGCAAACCCUCUGAGGGUUCUGGAAUCUGUGCACCUUAUUUGACCACACUCCAAAAUUCUAUUUUUAUUUUAAUCCUUGAUUCUGCUUUAUGUACGUAAUCAAAAUAUCUAACUAUAAAUAUAUAUAUAUAUAUAUAUUUUUAAAUCACCUACAUGUAAAUGAAGCAAUAGAAUUCUAACAAAAGGCCAAGAAAUGAGACAAAUGUUUGGGGUAUAUAUUUUUUUAAGCUAAAUACGGGUAUUGUUUUUAAUUAUUACCUUUAAUUAAAUUGGGGGCUUUAAAACCUAAUGAAACAUGUUAGCUAUUUCUCUGUGCCAUAUUCUUCCCAUGUUACCAAAACAACCCCCAACUCUUUAGCCAAAAAAAAAAGACCUACUGAGUUUCCAUGGUCCUUUCUGUACCAGGUUCAAGUCUAUCUCCUGGAUGACUAAUAUUUACCUUAAGCGCUGGGACAGGGUGCCUUGGAUUCGUGGCUCCAGCCCACUAUGAUGUUCUGCGACAUCUCUGGCUGGGCCUCGAGUGGAGGUGCCUGAGCACUCCCGAGGUUGCUACUGUUCUGUCUUCCAUUGCUCUGGAAUCCUCCAUGUCGGUCCAUGGUUUUACCUGUUAGCUGUUGGUAAACAAAUACAUUUGGGUACUGAAAAAGGAAGACCACCUGUCAUGGUCCUGGUUGGCGGGAAAGCUCCUUUGAUGUGUGCAAUUUUGAUGAGGUCAUUCUGGGGGCAUGGGGACACCCAGAUGACACUGUCUUGUUUAUGGUUGCAGCGUGGAAGAAGUCUGUAAGUCUAUAACCUGGCAACAUUUUACAAACCUGUGCUUUAAAGAUGGCUUUCUAUUUAAAUCCAGAACCACACAGCCCUCUCUGGUCAAACACUCGUGACGUUUGUGCCUCUGUUUUUGAAGGUGCUGUGAUAGACAGCUGGCAUGCCAGGGUUCGAGAAGAGGGGAGUGGCUCGACAUGCUUGCAGUUACCUGUGCAAGAUCAGCUGGCUGCCUCUGUUCCUAUUUUACUGUAAAUUCGAUCGUGUCUGUUCUGGUUCUGUUCUCCCAGGAGCUUCUCUGCAGACUGACACCCCCCAAGCAGUGGAGAUGCUGGUGUCUGGGUGGUAAUGGAUUUCUGUUGGACCUUUGAAUGUGAUGAACAAUCCAGCAUUACUUGGGAAAUAUUACAUGUAUAAUGUGCACAUUUCCAGGGGCGGGUAUUAUCAAUCAAGAGGUUUGCAAUGAUUUCCUUCCUGCCAAAAAUAAACAUUAUGAAACUGCA